AUGCUCUCUCUCAUUGCUCCCGUUAUCGCCGGCGCCUUGCUGGCCGGCCAGGCCUCCGCGGACCCGUGGCCGAAGCGCGGCCUCGCCGCCAACGACGACGUCCCGAUCUGGCAGUUUGGCGGCAGCUGGCUGGGCCACAAGUCCGAGAUCAACUGGCAGUACAACUGGGACAGCACGACGAACCAGAAGCAAAACUUUGCCGAGUACGUGCCCAUGCUCUGGGGCACGCAGAGCUACCACACCAACCAGUGGUUCGACAACGCCAACCACUGGCUCAACAACGGUGGCAGCGGCCACCUCCUCGCCUUCAACGAGCCCGACCGCGCCGACCAGGCGCACCUGUCGGUCGGCGACGCCGUCAACGCCUGGCGCAAGUAUAUGGAACCCUUCAGCGGCCACGCGCAGCUCGGCGCCCCGGCCGUCUCCGCCGCCGGCCUCAACUGGCUGCAGAGUUUCCUGAACCAGUGCAGCGGCUGCCACAUUGACUUUGUCCCCGUGCACUGGUACGGCGGCGCCGCGUACGAGCACGACUUUGAAAACUACAUCAACAAGGUCUGCUCCAUGGCCGGUGGACGUCCCGUCUGGGUUACUGAGUUCCAAGGCACCGGUAACAUUGACGAGCAGAGCAACUUCCUUCGCAAGGCGAUUCCUUUCCUGGACAACAACAACUGCGUCUACCGCUACUCGUACUUUGGCACUGCCGACAACUCCAAGGUACUCCUCGACAACGGUGGCCCCAAGCUCUCCGGCCUGGGCGUCCAGUACACUUUCAGCCCCUACGGCAACGGUGAUGGCCCUAAGUAG